ACGUAAUGUUAUGAAAUAUAAAAAGAAUGUGCUUGAUGUACACCAUUAACAGUCUUGCUUUGAACGUCGUCAGUAGUGUGCGCGUGUUCACAAACGACGAUAAUAUGUGUGUUAUUACUUGCGCGUUAAUCGUUUUAGUUAUCACUGGAUACAUCCUAAAAUCUAUCACAAAACCGAAGAACUUCCCUCCAGGUCCAAAAUGGUACCCAAUAUUCGGAUGCAGUGCGCUCGUACAAAAUAUGGUCAGGAAGCACGGAUCUCAGUGGAAGGGCUUAUCAGCAAUAGCGAAAGAAUAUUCAACGUCAGUCCUCGGAAUAAAGCUUGCGUCCGAACCGAUAGUUGUCGUCUUUGGAGAAAAUAACGUCCGAAGAGUUUUCACGGAGAAAGAGUUUGAAGGACGACCCGACACUUUCUUUAUUAAGCUUCGCUGUCUCGGGAAGAGAAUGGGCAUAACGUUUGCCGAUGGCGCGUUAUGGAGAGAGCAUAGACAGUUCACGGUCAAACAUUUGAAGAAUGUUGGAUUCGGUAAGACAGCAAUGGAGACCCACAUACAGAACGAGAUGCAGAAAAUAUUAAACUACAUCAGCAAUCAAAACAAUAAACCUUUCAAUCCGAAAAAUAUGCUUGCAAUGUCUGUUAUAAAUAUUCUAUGGAAAUUCACGGCCGGAGAGCAAAUAAAAGAGGAACGUCUGAAUUUUCUUUUGGAAUUAUUAAAUGCACGUUCGAAAGCGUUUUCAAUGGCCGGCGGAUGGCUGAACCAGUGGCCUUGGAUAAGGUUCUUGUUACCAGAAACAAGUGGUUACACGCUAAUAAAAAAAAUGAAUCAGCAAAUAUCUGACAUAAUAGAGGAAAGCAUUUUGAACCAUAAGAAAAAUUUGACGACAGGAAGUGAUUUCAUAUAUUCAUUUUUGGAAGAAAUGAAAGUAAAUAAUGACACAUUUACUGAGGAGCAACUCAAGGUUAUUUGCCUGGAUAUCCUGAUAGCUGGUUCGCAAACGACGAGCAACGUUCUAGAAUUUGCUAUUCUUAAAGUGUUAAGGGAGAAGAAUAUACAAGAGACGAUUUUUAACGAAAUAAUCAAUACACUUGGUGAUGACAUGCCUUCAUGGGCAGACACUAACAGGCUAGUUUACACAAUGGCUUUUCUAUCUGAAAUUCAGAGAUACUUUACAAUAGUACCAAUAGCGGGACCACGGAGAGCGCUCGAAGAUGUAAAUAUGGAAGGUUUUCUUAUACCGAAAGAUACGACGAUACUAAUAUCGGUCGGAGACGUGCAUUUCGAUCGAGAUAUUUGGCAAGAGCCGGAGAAGUUUAUGCCUGAGAGAUUCAUAGAUGAAACGGGACAUUUAAAGGAUAUUGAACAUAUGUAUCCCUUUGGAAUCGGUCGCAGGCGAUGUCCCGGCGAUUCGCUUGCCAAGUCGUUUAUAUUCAUAGUAUUUGUUGGAAUUAUGCAAAAGUACAGGAUUGAGUGCAGUAACGGCGUUCUACCUUCGGAAGAUCCGAUUAUUGGCCUCAUCUCCAGCGCAAGACCCUUCACGGCUGAAUUUAUAUUAAGGGAAUGAUUAUCUUGGUGUUUAUUGUUACAUGAAUAAAUUGUUUUAAAA